AUGAGCUCCCCAUCAACACUCCAGAUGCUGGCAAGAAGUAGCCUGCUCAAAAAUGAAGCCUUGGCUAUCUCUGCUUUGAAUAAGCUACCCAUUGAACUCUUCCCACCACUAUUCAAAGUUGCCUUUAAGGGGAAACAGAAAAAUAUCCUGAGGGCUAUGGUAGCAGCCUGGCCCUUCACAUGCCUUCCUGUGGGAGCCCUGAUGAAGAAUCCUGACCUGAAGAUCUUGAAGGCUGUACUGGAUGGUCUUGAUUUGCUUAUUCAGCAGAAGGAUCGACCUAGCAGGAGUUGCAAACUAGAGGUGCUUGAUUUUCGGGAUGCCCAUCAUAACUUCUGGAAUGUGUGGGCUGGAACAGAGGAUGGUGUCUGCUCCCCAGAUGUCGUCAGAGAGACCCAACCAGUGGUGCACCAUCCCGAAAGACAGGGAAAAGAGGUUGUGACUGUGGUGAUGAACCUUUCCCUCAAUUCCAGCAAUCUCUGCAAAUACCUGGAAUAUUUCCACUGCUGGGCCCAGCAGAGAAAAGAUGUGCUGCAAGUGAUCUGUGAAAAGCUGGAGUUUUGGGCCCUCCCUGUCUAUAACCCCCUAGAGCUGCUGGAAGUAUUUGAGCCAAACUGUAUACAGGAACUGGAAGUGAAUGCUUACUGGGACCUGACAACCUUCUCAAUGUUUGCCCCUGGCUUGGGCCAGAUGAGAAACCUUCAGAAACUCCUUCUCAAUGAAAUCUUCAUACCCAUUGAAUGGCUUAGGAACAAUGAGUUGAAACUAUUGAGUAUAAGACAGAUCAUUUCCCAGUUCUCCCAACUCACCAAGCUCCAGUAUCUAUAUUUGAAUGCUGCCUUCUUCCUCCUUGAAAGACUGGACCAAGUGCUCAGGUAUUUGGAGAGUCCCUUAAAAACUCUUGCAAUCACUUGCUGCAUGCUUUCAGAAUCAGACAUGAAUUAUCUGUCCCAGUACCCAAGAGUCCAUCACCUCACACAUCUGGACCUGAGUGGUGUCAACUUUUUAGAUUUAAGUCAUCCACUUCUAGGAAGACUGCUAGAGAGACUGAAAUCUUCUCUGAAGACAUUAAAAUUGAAGGGUUGUUCACUCACGGACUUACAAUUCAGUGUCCUCCUCCCUGCCCUGAGUCAGUGUUCCCAGCUGGUUGAGGUCAAUUUUUCAUGGAACUUCCUGUCUCUGUCCGGCCUUAAGAAUCUGCUGCAGCACACUGCCAACCUGAAAGAGCUCACCUUGGAGAGGUACCCUGCCCCUGAAGAAGUCUAUAGUAUCACUGGCUAUGUCCUACCAGAUAGAUUUUCCCAACAUUGUUCAGAACUUUUGGAGACCCUCAGAGGUAUAAGACAGCCGGAAAAGGUAUAUUUUCUGAGUAGGAGAUGUAUAAAUUGCUCAGGAUUCUGUGUCUAUGGCCUGGAGGCCUCCUUAUGUUCUUGUUGGGAAUAA